CACUCAGCGGCGCCAAUCGACUUUUUCCUUCCCAGCGGCCGAGCCCUCCUCCCCACGGCCGGCCUGGCGGGGCGGGGACGCUGCGCGGCGGCUGCUGAUGCGCUAGCCGUGUGGGGCCCUCCGGGCGGCGACGGCGGCUCUCGUAGGCGGUUCCGGUCCUGUAUCUCCGGGCGGCGGCGACUCAUGGCGGCGACGGAGCUGAGAGGAGUGGUGGGCCCGGGCCCGGCGGGCGGCUCGGGCUCUGGGGGUUCCGGCUCGGCUCGUGAGGGCUGGCUCUUCAAAUGGACCAAUUAUAUCAAAGGCUACCAGAGGCGGUGGUUCGUGCUGAGCAACGGGCUCCUGAGCUACUACAGGUCGAAGGCAGAAAUGAGACACACCUGCCGGGGUACCAUCAACCUGGCCACAGCCAACAUCACCGUGGAGGACUCCUGCAACUUCAUCAUUUCCAACGGGGGUGCUCAGACCUACCAUCUGAAGGCCAGCUCGGAAGUGGAGCGGCAGCGCUGGGUGACAGCCCUGGAGCUGGCCAAGGCCAAGGCUGUGAAGAUGCUGGCAGAAUCAGAUGAGUCAGGAGAUGAAGAGUCCGUCUCCCAAACGGACAAGACCGAGCUGCAGAACACCCUGCGGACCCUGUCCAGCAAAGUGGAGGACCUGAGCACGUGCAACGACCUGAUAGCCAAGCACGGCACGGCGCUGCAGCGCUCGCUCAGCGAGCUGGAGUCCCUGCGGCUGCCCGCCGAGAGCAACGAGAAGAUCAAGCAGGUCAACGAGCGGGCCACGCUCUUCAGGAUAACGUCCAAUGCCAUGAUCAACGCCUGCCGAGAUUUCCUCUUGUUAGCCCAGACCCACAGUAAGAAAUGGCAGAAAUCCCUCCAGUAUGAGAGGGACCAGCGGAUCCGGCUGGAAGAGACCCUGGAGCAGCUGGCGAAGCAGCAUAAUCACCUGGAGAGGGCCUUCCGCGGGGCCACGGUGCUGCCGGCCAACACCCCCGGCAACACCGGUUCGGGGAAAGACCAGUGCUGCUCUGGCAAAGGAGACAUGAGCGACGAGGAUGACGAGAAUGAAUUUUUUGAUGCUCCUGAGAUCAUCACUAUGCCCGAAAACUUGGGCCACAAACGUACUGGCAGCAACAUCAGUGGGGCCAGCAGUGACAUCAGCCUUGAUGAACAGUACAAGCAUCAGCUGGAAGAGACCAAGAAGGAAAAGAGAACGAGGAUCCCGUACAAGCCCAACUACAGCCUCAAUCUGUGGAGCAUCAUGAAGAACUGCAUAGGGAAGGAGCUCUCCAAGAUCCCCAUGCCGGUGAACUUUAAUGAGCCCUUGUCCAUGCUUCAGCGCCUUACUGAAGACCUGGAAUACCACGAGCUGUUAGACCGAGCUGCCAAAUGUGAGAACUCUCUAGAACAGCUCUGUUAUGUUGCAGCUUUCACCGUGUCCUCCUACUCCACUACUGUCUUCCGUACCAGCAAGCCAUUCAACCCACUCCUUGGGGAGACCUUUGAGCUGGACCGAUUAGAGGAGAACGGGUACCGAUCCCUCUGUGAGCAGGUGAGUCACCAUCCCCCGGCAGCUGCACACCACGCUGAGUCCAAAAAUGGCUGGACAUUGCGUCAGGAAAUCAAAAUCACCAGCAAGUUCCGAGGCAAAUACCUCUCCAUUAUGCCCCUCGGUAGCAUCCACUGUAUUUUCCAUGCAACUGGGCACCACUACACCUGGAAAAAAGUUACCACAACAGUGCACAACAUUAUCGUGGGCAAGUUGUGGAUCGAUCAGUCUGGCGAAAUUGACAUUGUGAACCACAAGACGGGAGACAAGUGCAAUCUUAAAUUUGUUCCUUAUAGCUACUUCUCUCGAGAUGUGGCAAGAAAGGUGACAGGAGAAGUGACAGAUCCAUCAGGAAGAGUUCACUUUGCCCUUCUGGGGACGUGGGAUGAGAAAAUGGAUUGUUUCAAAGUACAGCCCGUGGCUGGGGAGAAUGGGGGCGAUGCUCGGCAGCGAGGCCACGAAGCGGAGGAAAGCCGGGUCAUGCUGUGGAAACGGAAUCCUUUACCGAAGAACGCGGAAAACAUGUACUACUUCUCCGAGCUCGCUCUCACUCUGAAUGCCUGGGAAAGUGGGACUGCCCCCACAGACAGCCGGUUACGGCCCGACCAGAGACUGAUGGAAAACGGACGCUGGGAUGAAGCCAAUGCUGAGAAGCAGCGCCUGGAGGAAAAACAGAGACUCGCCAGAAAGAAGAGAGAAGCGGAAGCUAUGAAAGCGUCGGAGGAUGGCACACCCUACGAUCCCUACAAGGCUCUGUGGUUUGAGCGGAAGAAGGACCCCGUCACCAAGGAGCUAACCCACAUUUAUAGGGGAGGAUACUGGGAGUGUAAAGAGAAGCAGGACUGGAGCUCGUGCCCAGACAUUUUCUGAAACGGCAGUAGCAAAAGGAGGAGGGUGCAAAGGAGAAGAGGACAGAGGACGCGCGGGAAGGCUGGCAACGGUGACUCUCUUACCGCGUGCUUUCCUCCGGUUUGUCUGUCUUAACCAAUCAUUUUUUCCAAAUCAAUCACCAGAAGCAGACACCAUUGGUGGUGAUUGGCUGGUUGCCUUAGCUGAUCGAAACUGAAAUCGACAUACUAGAUACUGUGUUCGCGAGGGAGAGGGUUAGUGGCUGAAAGUUGGUGUUAUUCCACUUCUGCAAAGUCAAGUACUCUUGGCUCUUCCUUCGCCCUCUGCCCCCGUUUAAGGUGAUGUCAUUCACCCCCCUCCCUCACCCCCCUUACAGUGUCCUGCUCAGCCAAGAUCUACAGACGGUGACGAGUCAGGAGCAUUUUGGUGCUGUUCAGAGCAAGAGCUGAGUUUAGAAAUUCCUCUAAAAAGAAACAUGUAAGGCUUAACCAAGGAGGCAUCGUGAAUGCUCGUGGGGAGCUUAGGCAUAACGUUAUGAAAUGUUUCCAAAGGGGGUCAAUUUAACGGGAUGUCCGGGUGGAGAAAACCGUGGUAUUGGAACACUUUGUGAGAGAACCGUUCCGUGAGACUGGAACGUUCAGAGUCAGAUUCUUGGAAGUUUCUAUCUUCACUCGCGUAAAACCCCCUGCUGCUGUUCUCCGUCUUCUUUGACAGCAACCAGGGCCACUUGAGUGGUCGGUAGGAGGGCUGCGUGGUCCUCGUGAUCCUCCUCGCAGAGGGGUUUUACGGACUUCCUCAGGCGGAGAACUUCUGAGAAGAGGAGGCAGGAUGGAAAGAGACUGCUGGCCACUUUUGCUGUCCCCCUCCCUCCUCAACCCCAUCCUUCACUGCCCUUCUUCUCUCUCCCUCGGCACAGUACCGACGCAGUUUUGUGCCCAGAAUUUGGGUUUGUGUGGAGCAAAGCAUUACCCGUCCUAUUCGAGACCCUUCAGAACCCCAGAGAAGGAGUUUGUCUGGAAUAAGUUUUCACCAUCUCUCAAGCCCCCUGGACUGGAGCCACCUCUGGAAUAAUGUGUUGAAGAUCUGUAUAUUAUAUAUAUGUAGAGAAAAAUCUAAUUUUUUUGUUUGAUUUUCCUUCCUCCCAUUAAGAAUCUUGUUUUUUGAUAUCACUUGUCUCCCUGGGCCUCUCUCGGACACACUGACGUGGACUGGAGUCUCCUUUGCUUUCCACGUGUCAGGGGCAGACAGAUUCCAAACGUAAGCAGUUACUGAACAGGGACUUGAUCCAUGGUUUGUGUCACGGGCUGUCUAAACCUCGCUCUCCUAAUUCCCUGACUCUUGAAAAUGAAAUCCUAACCUCUUUCCUACCUUUUUUCCUUCUUUUGCUAGGAAGGGUAUGGGUAGAAAGUCAGGAGGGUAAUUUCCAGUUUAAGCCUGCCUCUGUCCAGAUCACAGCACAUACAGCUGAUUCCCAAAAGAGCCUUCUUCCUGGGAGAUGGGGCUAAAAGCACCGUCCCAGGGAGCGGGCGAGAGAGCUGCUCCUGUUGGGCCCUGGUCUCCUUCCUGUUUUGUCCUGUGGUUGUUUAAGUUGUCUGGUUCAGAAAUCUGACCCCUGUGCCACCCACCCUUGGUUGAGGAUCACAAAUUGAGGUGCCUUCCUUGUAUGCUUUUUGUUAGUGUCUUUUUGUUCCUGUUCCUUAACUGCUGAGCCUCAGCCCAGGUGGGUCCUCAGGGGAAGUAUCAUUCCAGAGGAAGCCAUCCCUGCAGGGAGAUUGCAUUUGUACUGGGUAGAUGAGUCCUCAUUCCCUCCCACCGGCCCUCCCUUCCCAGCUGUGCUGAAACCUGAGACAGGGGCAACUCCUGGGGAAUUUCCUCCUAAGACCUGAUAACCUGAUUUUCCAUAAGCAAGGCAUUAUGCCGGGACUUCUUUUCCAGGAGGCCCAGAACAGCAAUGACCUAAUCAGGGGGCUUUAGACAGAGUGGGGACUCCCUGCUUUAUUUCCCCCCACCCGCUUCCUUCCCCCGCCAUCUGCACUACAUUUCCAUCCUGAUUCCCCAGUCAGAUUCCUGCUAAUGGAAGAAGCUUCGAGUCCUUCAGGUGAAAUAAAGUCACAUGGAAACGAAACAAAACUAUAUAUAUUUUCGGUUUUUUUGCCUUGUUUUUUUUCCAAGAAAACUACUAAAUUAAAUAAUUUUUAAAAAGUCA